UUACCUGAACGUGCGCCUCCCGAAUUUAGUUAAAUAAAACUUCAUACUGUUUUUAUGUAUGUGUCGUGUCUGUAUUCCUGCAGCAUAAACAGUUGAGCAUUGUGCUAACAAUAGGAUUGAUAAAAUGUAUACUUUGAAUGCAAUGUAAGUCAUUUGGAUAAAAGCCUCAAAUGGCAAAUCUUUUAAAAAUCAAUAACAAGAUGGAAUUUGUUUAGGUUUAAUCGAGGCAUUAAUCAAAUAGAGCUAACUUUUAUUAAAACAGUGUAAUAUCUUUGUAUUAUUAUUGUAAUUUCCUCUUUUUAACAGCACAAAAAAAAAAAAAAAAAUCCAGACAAAAAAAAAUCAAAAUGCCUCCUCCAGCGGUUCCACAUGGCAUGUGCCUAAAAGUCAUGGAUGACCGCAACAUGAAGGGUGGCAUGGGCUCUGAAACAAAUCCUUUGAAGUUCAUGAAUCAGGACUACAACAUUUUACAAGACUACUGUCUCAAAACAAGACAGAGAUUUGUGGAUGAGUUUUUCCCGCCAGACCCUCGUUCCAUUGGCGAAGGGCUGCUGAAGCCAGAAGUCAUGGCCCGAGUGGAGUGGAUAAGACCAACGAAAUUGUGUCCAGAUGCAGCUGAAUUUAUCGUAGAGUCAGUGUCUAGGUUUGACUACUCCCAAGGGAAAGUAGGAAACUGCUGGUUUCUGGCCUCUGUUGGGGCUCUAACAUUUCAAAGCAAAUUAUUACAAAAGGUCAUGCCAGACGGACAGUCAUUCAGCCGCAAUUAUACUGGUUUAUUUCACUUCAGGUUCUGGCGUUUCGGAAAUUGGUAUGAUGUUGUGAUUGAUGACAAACUGCCAACAAUUGACUACCAGCUGAUUUUUGUGCAAUCAAAAACAUAUAAUGAGUUCUGGCCAGCCUUGUUGGAGAAAGCGUAUGCCAAGUUGUGCGGCUCCUACGCUGACAUGCAUGCUGGUCGAGUAUCUGAGGCCCUCAUGGACUUCACCGGUGGGGUUCAUAUUCACUACGAUCUGAAAAUGGCUCCAACUGAUUUGUGGGAGAUAAUGUACCGUGCUUUCCAGUCAGAAGUCCUUAUGGGCUGUGAAACUCCACAAGGGAAUAAGAAUGAGGAAGAGUUACGAAAUGGCAUAAUUCUGGGCCACGCUUACACUGUGACAAAUGUUUACCAGGUCAUGAGUGGUAGAUAUCCAGUUAAGCUGGUGAGAUUGUUCAACCCAUGGGGAGAAAAAGAGUGGAAUGGAGACUGGAGUGACAAAUCACCCUUGUGGAACACAGUGAGUAAUGAGGACCGCAAACAACAUCUUCUGGACGAUAAUGGAGAGUUCUGGAUGUCAAUGGAAGAUUUCCUUAAAACAUUUGACAACAUUGAUAUCUGCUGUUCCUAUCCUGAUUUUCUGGAAGGAAAGUCUGCAUCUCGCUGGAUUUCCAAGUACCACAAUGGCAGCUGGGUUAUUGGGAGUACAGCUGGAGGCUGCAUAAAUCAUCAAGACACCUUCUGUACCAACCCCCAGUUUUGGCUGAAGAUUAAUGAGAUGGAUAAGGCAUGUGAGCAGGGCCAGAGCAAUGUUUUGGUGUCCCUCAUACAGAAACCUGAUAAGAGAAACAGACGCCUUGCUGCACACCAUGGCAUCGGCUUCUGCGUGUUUGCAGUUCCACCCAAGAUGAGAUCUGAGGGAAAGUUUGGAUCAGACUUUUUCAAACACAGAAAGCCUGUGGCAACAAGCGGGGACUUUCAGGUUGCAAGACAGGUGAUGAGCUUCUUCAGGCUGGAGCCAGGACAGUAUCUCAUUGUACCGUCCACUUACAGCCCCAAUAAGAAUGCAGAAUUCAUCCUGUCCAUUCUGUGCAAAAAUGAGAUCCACAUUCAAAAGGACACAGAAAGGAACGAGAAAGAUUUUCUUGUGGAUCUUGUAGGCGAGUCUGAGGCUGGAUACACUGAACAAGAGGAUGAAGCAUUGAACAACAAAAUUCUGUUUCGACAAUAUUCUGAUCAGUACAAGGUUGUUGAUGCUGAGAAACUUCAACAGCUUCUUCAUGAAAAUCUGCUUAGAGGGAAUAAAAAUACUGAAGGAUUUGGCCUGGAUUCCUGCAGAAGUAUAAUUGCCAUGUCAGAUUUCUCUGUCACUGGAAGACUUUGUGGAUCAGAAUUUCUUCGUCUGUGGAACCGCAUUAUGACAUACAAGCGUAUCUUCUACACCAUGGACUCUUCCAAAGAUGGUGUUCUGUCUUUGAGCGAACUGCAAAACGCUUUCAAGAAAACAGGCAUGCAUCUAAAUGAAGACAUCCUGAAUCUCAUGUUUGUGCGGUAUGGUGGUGCUUCAGAACAGAUCUCUCUGGAGGGCUUCAUUUGCCUUGUCAUGCGUUUGAACUGCAUGGCUAGCAUAUUUCAGAGACUCUGUGAAAAUGGGAAGAUAUCUCUUAAUGAGAGUGAGUGGAUAGGACUCACCAUGUACUCAUGAGGCAAAGUCUGAUUGCCAGGAGGUUUGCCAACAAAUGCUUUUCUUCUUCGUCCUUUUAUCCCUCUAAGAAUUAAAAUGCUUUUUUUUUUUUUUCUUAAAAUUAUCAUUUGAUAUAAAAUUUCACAUCAAACUGUGUAAUCAUGUUGUUAUAACUGUUUAUUUGAAAAGUAUUUCAUGUAAUGUAUGUAUUUCUCAUUGUAUACACUUGGAAUCACUGUUGGUGAAAAGAAAUGCAUUCAAGCUGAUGCUAUUUUGAUUAGCUUAUUUUUAAAAUUGUCAGAAAGAUUCUAAAGUAAUAUUUGUCAACAUCUUAUAAGGGGCAUUUGGGUCUAUGAUACUUGGAGAGAUCUAUCCAUUAGCAGUCACAUUCAUCUAAAUGACAGUUGCUUUGGCUCCCGCAUGCAGAGUUGUGAGACACUGACAUGCCAGGAAAAAGUGUUUUGGUGUCAGUUUAGGAGUAUUGCUUGUCUGACAUCAGCCACAUUGAUAAGGACAUGUAAAGGUCUAUAUUAUAUUUUUAGAUGCAAUCUAAUUGAUUUUUAAAACACUGUACUAAUGAAUCUGUACUUUUAUUAAUGAAUUUAAUUACUGUCUGUAGUAUGUAAUAUAUGCAAAAUUAAGUACUUUGCAUGCAUAUUUAUGGUAAGAUGGUGUAUGAUUCACUUUUGCCGCAUAUAACCAGAUGAAUGUUUUUUUCCCCCCUCCUGACACUCCACAAAAGAGCUCAAAGCCUUAUAUAUCCCAGUUUUGAUUUUUUGAUUUCUUCCUUUCUUCCAUAUAUACAUUUUGCUUGGAAAGAUAACUCUUGAUGAGAGUGAGGUAAUCUGAAAUAAACAUUUUAAUAAAGAUGUUUGCUUGA